AUGACAGGUUCGGAAUGUCAGCCACGACACUCAGCCUCGUCUGGAACUGGCAGAGACAUCCAUACACUGUCUUGGGACGGCGACCACGAUCCUGCAAACCCUUUCAACUGGUCGAUUUCGCGAAAAUGGGCCGUGACAUAUCUCGCCGCGCUGAUCAGCUUUCUGACUAUGAUGAACGGGACUAUCAUCACGGUUGCGCACUUUGAGAUCGCAGAACUUUUCAAUAUUGACGAGACGGCAUUUCCUCAUACAUACUGGCCAGUUACAACAUGGGCCGUCGGCGGUGCAUUCUCUGCUCUGUUCCUCCUUCCUCUGGCAGAGGACUUUGGGACUCGGCCUGUCUUCCUCGUCACAUACUUCGCGUUUGUCUGCUUCCUCAUCCCGCAAGCAGUCGCUCAGAAUUUCGCCACAUUGGUUGCCACCCGUUUCUUUGCCGGUGCUUGUGUCGCCAUCUUGGCUAAUACGGCUGCUGGGGUUAUUGGGAAUGUAUGGGAUACUGAGUGGUCGAGAUCAAUCCCAGUCAGCCUGUAUAUCUUCGGCUACAUGGCCGGUAGCAGUAUGGGUCCGGUUAUUGGAGCCGCCGUUCUCCAGUCCUUGUCAUGGCGGUGGAUAGGCUACAUGCAGCUCAUUUGGUUUGGAGCUCUGUUCCCGAUCUACUACUUCUUCUUCUACGAGUCCCGCGGCGACAUUAUCCUGGCACAACGAGACCGAAAAAUGGGCAAAAACGGCAAAGACAUCCUACCCGGACACCCCGCACAUUCCAAGCUAAACCUUCAGAAUCUCGCCGUCAGCUCAACAAGACCAGUCAUCCUUUUCUGUACCGAGCCCGUCCUCUUCGUCUCAACCCUCUGGUCUGCCUUCACUGUAGGAACCAUCUUCCUCUUCACCCAAUCCGUCGAACAAGUCUUCAUUGGCACUUACGACUGGACCAUCUCCAAAACAGGCUACGUCCAAGCCGCCGUCGUCAUCGGCGAAGGAAUAGGCUUCUUCUUCUCCUUCCUCUCCCGUGAACUCUACUUUGCAUCUGCUUCCCGCAAUACGGAGGUUCCCAAUAGCCUCAUCCCAGAAGCAAGACUCUACAUGGCUGUUCUAGGCGGCCUCUUCGGCAUCUCUGGGGGAAUGUUCACAUACGCUUGGACAUCGUACCCCUUCAUCCCAUGGAUUGCACCGGCAAUCAGCUUGGCCAUGGUCGGCGCCGGUAGCGUACUCGUCGUAACGGGUGUAUCUGACUACGUUGUAGACGCCUACAGCCAGUACGCGGGCAGCGCGAUUGGAGCCGUCGCCACCGGCGAGAAUAUCUUCUCUGCGUUCUUGCCGCUCGCGACUAUGAGUAUGUAUAAUAAUCUUGGGUUUCAGUGGGCUAGUACUCUGCUGGCGUUCGUGUCGCUGGUGCUUGCCCUUGUUCCAACGUUGAUGUUUGUUUGGGGGAGGGAGGUGCGUGCUAGGAGUCGGUUUAUGAAUGAGUUAGCUGCGGAGGGUGGUGGAGGGGGAAAAAAAGCAGAAAGGCGAUUCUGA